CUUUAUGGUACAAGGCGACCAACGGCUUUUCGCUUCACGGAUUCUGACGAUCCAAUCUAUCUUACGAGUAUCGUCUAUAGGUCAUACGGAAAGCACCGAGAGUGCUAGAAAUUCAAAAUGGCACAAAACAGGCAUUGGGAACAAGACAAAGAUGCGACCAUCUACAUCGGAAACAUCGACGAGCGCGCAACCUCGGCGAUGGUGUACGAAGUCAUGCUCCAGAUGGGCCCCAUCCACAACAUCCACAUGCCCCGUGACCGCGUCACCCAGAACCACCAGGGCUUCGGCUUCGUCGAGUUCAGGACGCCGGGCGACGCAGAGUACGCCGCCAACGUGAUGAACGGCAUCAAGCUCUACGGCAAGUCCCUGCGCGUCAACAAGGCCAGCGCGGACAAGCAGAAGCAGGCAGAGGUCGGCGCGGAGCUCUUCGUGGGCAACCUGGACAGCAUGGUGGACGAGAAGAUCCUCUACGACACCUUUUCGCGCUUCGGCCCGCUCGUCAACUUGCCCAAGGUCGCGCGAGAGGACAGCGGCAACUCCAAAGGUUUCGGGUUCAUCUCCUACGCCGACUUUGAGAGCGCCGACGCGGCGAUUGCCAACUUGCACAUGCAGUACAUCCUCAGCAAGGAGGUCUCGGUCCAGUAUGCAUUCAAGAAGGACGGCAAGGGCGAGCGCCACGGUGACGCUGCGGAGCGUGAGCUCGCCGCGCAGGCCAAGAAGAGGAACAUUGUCCCAGAAAUUCAGGCCGUGCCACCCGCUUUUCUCAACGGCCCGCCCCCGGCCGCUGCGCCGACUGCCCCCGCCGGAUUCGACCCCGCAAACGGCCUGCCGGUUCAAGUCCCGAACCCAGGAGCCCCAGCCGGAUUCGCGCCUCCGCCCCGGGGACCAGCGCAAUACAAUGCCGUACCACCACCGCAAGGUAUGGGCGGGCCGGGCAUGGGUCGCGGCGCCGUGCUCCCUCCCGCGCCGUCUGGUCUGCCCGCGCGGCCGCCACAGUCGCAGGGCGGCUACACUAACCCGGCCGACUUCCACCCGGGUGCCCCGGGUUUCCGCCCGCCAAGCGGACCUCCUGCACCGCAAGGCUUCGCGGCACCCCCUCCCAACUUCCCCAUGCCUCCUCCGGGAGCUUCUGGGACACCGCCGGCGCCGUCAGGCUUCAUGCCUCCUCCAGGCUUCAACCCCCCUGGGUUCCCCCGCCGAUGAAGAGGGACGAACCUGAGGAGAUCGCCAUUCGUUGGCGGUAUUAUAAAACUACAAAAAGGACCAAAAAAAGCGGUGCUUUGGUGCCGCUGCAUUCCGAGGCUUCAUCAGUUUCGAAAAAUAGCCGGGCGUUUAGGAUAGGGCCCAGCGAGAAGCUCGUCCAGAGCAGGUUGAAUCAGACUGCAAUGGUCUGUCGUCACUUUGAUCAGACGGGGAGUAGCCAUUGCUAACAUUGUCCAGAUCCUCACUUCAGUGAUAUGGCAGCUGUCAUCGGCCUAGCCAGGAUCGCAGGCAGAUGCCUGACAGGCGAUAUGAACCAAAAACUAACAGGCGGCCACGGUGAAGGUUAUGAUGAUCGUUUUCCGUAGCUUAAUGAAGAAAUGACGAUUACAUUAAUUUGACUUUGAUUAAAGCCUCGUGGGCUUCAAAGGAC